UAGGGUUCCACUGGAGCAGACGCGGUUUCGCGAUGGACGGGAAGGCCAACGAUUUCCUCAACUACAAGAUGGGCAAGACUCUUGGAAUCGGAUCGUUUGGUAAGGUCAAGGUAGCCGAGCACAUCCCCACUGGGCACAAGGUUGCCAUCAAGAUACUCAAUCGCAGGAAAAUCAAGGCCAUGGACAUGGAAGAGAAAGUUAGAAGAGAGAUCAAGAUCUUGAGAUUAUUCAUGCAUCCUCACAUCAUAAGGCUCUACGAGGUCGUGGAGACCGCGAAUGAUAUUUUCGUGGUGAUGGAGUAUGUCAAGUCGGGGGAGCUAUUCGAUUAUAUUGUCGAGAAGGGGCGCCUCCAGGAGGACGAAGCCCGGCGUUUCUUCCAGCAGAUCAUUUCUGGAGUGGAAUAUUGUCACAGAAAUAUGGUGGUUCAUCGUGAUCUGAAGCCAGAAAAUCUGUUGCUUGACUCUAGGUGCAAUGUGAAGAUUGCGGACUUUGGCUUGAGUAAUAUCAUGCGAGAUGGACACUUUCUGAAAACGAGCUGUGGAAGUCCAAACUAUGCCGCUCCAGAGGUGAUCUCGGGAAAGCUUUAUGCAGGACCAGAAGUGGAUGUAUGGAGCUGUGGUGUCAUAUUGUACGCACUUCUGUGUGGAAGUUUACCUUUUGACGACGAGAACAUCCCAAACCUUUUCAAGAAGAUCAAGACGGGUUUGUACACACUUCCCAGCCAUCUCUCGCCCGGUGCUAAGGAUUUGAUACCACGGAUGCUGCUCGUUGAGCCAAUGAAACGGAUGACUAUUCCCGAGAUUCGCCAACAUCCCUGGUUCCAAGCUCAUCUUCCCCGAUACCUUGCGGUGCCUCCACUUGAUACGGUUGAACAAGCCAAACGAAUUGAUGAGGAUAUUUUGAGAGAAGUGACCAAGCUUGGUUUCGACAGAAAUCUCCUUGUGGACUCUCUACGAACUAGAGUGGCAAACACGGCAACUGUCACUUACUACCUUAUGCUGGAUAAUAGGCGGCGAAUGUCCCAUGGUUAUUUGAUUGAUGAAUUUCAGGAGGUAAAGGAAAUGGCUUCCCCUCAAACCGGACCAGUAUCAGCGAAACAACUUCAAUCGCCGUUUAUGCAUAUUCAAAGCCAGCGUGGUCCGUCGCCUUCAAACGACAUAUCUAGAUUUACUGCCGAGAGAAGAUGGGCUUUGGGACUACAGUCCCGAGCUUCUCCACGGGACAUAAUGAACGAGGUGCUCAAGGUGCUGCAAGAUAUGGAGGUUUUGUGGAAGAAGAACGGGAAUUACAACGUUAAGUGUCGCUGGAACUCUCCCGCGCCCUGUUCCAGAGAAGCCGUCGGCUCUCCGAUGGUGCCAGGCUCUCCAAUCCACGACAAUGGCUUAGAAAAACUCGUGGAGCAGCAGCAGCAGCAGCACAAGAUUGGCAGCAGUCUUGUAAAAUUCGAGCUCCAGUUGUAUAAGGUGAGAGAGGAGAAGUACCUUCUCGACCUCCAGAAGCUUGAAGGCCCGUUUUUUAUCUUUCUCGAUUUUUGCGGCUCCUUCCUGGCCGAGCUAAGGGUCCUUUGAGAGCUCUACUGUACGGUACAGUGUGUUGUAUGUACAAGUAUGUAAAAACUAGCUUGCCAAGUGGCGACCUUUUAUUUGGCAACAAAGCGGGCUUUCCCUCU